GUCUAGUUGGGACAAUGUAACAGCACAAAAUAAAAAAGAAAGAAAAAAUCACGCAGUCUUUUUUUAAUCUUCUCCAAGUGAUUAUCUCUCAGUUGAGCGUUCUGCGUGCGUGCAGCAACAACCCAGAGACAUACGGGAAAUUGUGAAAAAUCAGUGAAAACUCCAAGUGAAAAUAAACUUGCAGUGUAUAAGAGGUUAGGAUUUAUUGACAGUCAUGUUCCAGUAAGAAUUCCGGGAGUACGGAAAAAGAGUUCCAGCAGCACCUAAUCACUAUCCGGGAAGCAAGUGUAAUGUGGCUGAGAAGUUGAGGAGUGUCAAGGCAAAACAAGGGAUACUCCAGUGGUGUAUUUUACGACGAGAAACUUUUGUGGAGAAUGGGAGGACUGUUCCGGUGAUGAGAUUUUGGGGCGCGCUCAUGAAUUGCGUGGCCCAAAGCUGUGCGUGCUUCGGAGGACAACUUUGUGUGAGAGAGAGAGCAUUUAAUUAGCAACGAGACUCAUUAGCGCUGCUUUGUGAUUUUUUGAUACGGUUUUUUUAUACACAACUAACAUCUAAGGUGAGCUUCUGCGACAAAGUGGGGGCUCUCUGUACGACGAGUGCACACAUUUGCAUUUAGUGGACAGUGUGCUAGACAAGAGUGAUUUAUAAAUAUAUUAUUUUUUAUAAGAAAUUAGUGAUUAGUGAGAAAUGAUCUCACUGAAGAAGAUUCAGGCGGAUCGGCUGCUGCAGGUGGCCCUGGUGCUGUCCUUGCUGCGAGUUGAUCCAUCAAACUAUUUGGGGUACGGCUGGGAAUCCCAGCUGGCACUCCAGGAUGGCGAUGGGUGGCAGCUGGAGCUACGAGCAGCCACCCCAUUCACCGACAUCCACCACUACUCGAAUCGGAAGGCUGUGAUACCCCUAAUUGAGGAUCUUGUUCGCUUCAAUCACAAUUCAAACGACGUGACUGCCUAUCUGCUCAAUUCCGUCCACCAUACCAAUCACACCUCAGGCAGUGGCCAAAAUUUCACGGGAUCCGCGUCAGCGAGUGCGUCAGACACUCCUGCCGCGGCGGCCGCCAACGCCACCGUGGGUCAAAGAACUCCAUCAGGUGAGGAGAAUCCGCCGGCGACAGCAGCCAGUGUCGAAUUGGAUGAGCUCUUCCUCACCCCAUUUGCCGAUUCGGCCACAAUCUACGAUGAGAAUCUUGCCAAUCUCACGGAAUUUGGGGAGACCAUUGCAUCUGUCUACCCCUACCUGGGACUCCCCACCAAGGAUGAACUUCUCCUCGAUUCCCUAAUCCCCCCUGAGCCACCAUCAAUUGAUGAUUUCGCACUCAGUGGUGCCUCAAACUACGGGAUGCCGGAUUCCCCGGCAGCUGAGGAUUUUGUCGAAUGGGAGGACUUUUAUGGCGACAGCAGUAGUCGUGUCACGGUCAAGACUGAACCCCAGGAGGUGCCUGAAUCUCCAGCUACGCCUCCUCCAGCUGAAAGCGCUGAUGCAACCGUCAAAACUGAUAGCGACGAGUGUGAGUCAUCGUCGUCUGUUGUGCUCACGCCUGAGGAGAGUGAAUUGAUUGAAGUUCUCUGGAAGCAAGAUGUCGACUUGGGAUUCUCAUUGGCGCCACCUUCAACCUCCUUGAAGAAGGAAGAGAGCCACAGUGCAGAGGAUGAUGCUGAAAAACUCAACGCAUUGCUUGAGUUGAAAAAUGAGAAAAACGACAGUGCGGAAAAGGAUGAGGGAUUCGAUCAUGAUUGGCCCAAUUUACCAAUUGAUGCUGAAACAGGUGAAUACAUCCAGAAGUUACCUCUUCAGUUGGAUGAUUCGCUUCUUCAGGAGGCCCUUCAUCAACUAGAAGACCUCUCUGCGGAACAAGAUGCCCUUAAGGAUGAUUCUUUUGAUUUUGAACCUAAGCGCGAACCAUUGGAUUCCAUUUCGUCGGCUAGUAUUGCCUCCGAUGGUGGUGAGGAAGUAAAAUCCCCACUAGAUAGGGAGGAAACGUUUGAUUUAUCGGACGUUAAGAGUGACGAUACGAAUGAAUUAGAAGAACUUCUUUGCGAUAUGAUGAUUCAAAGUUCUAGUGCACCCUUCCAGCAUCCACGGUCCGUACAGGGCUACGGACAUGGUGUCAACUCAUUCCGCCAAUCCAGCUACCAUCAUCAGCCCCGUGUUCCGCUGAGCCGAGCCGUGUCGAUGGAGCAACGCUGGCAGGAUUUGGCCAAUUUGUUAAGCUUGUCACCUGGAAUGGGAGUCGGAAUGGGUGUUGGAGAUAUUCCAUCGCACCCACACUAUUCAUCCCACUACCCCUAUCAGCCAUCUGCUCCGUCAAUUCCGCAGCAUAGUCAAUUUACCCAUCCACACUCCCAUCCGGCUGUUUUGCACAAUGCAUCACUGUCGGACUUGGGAGCCGCCGGUCAGCCCCACUAUGGGCCCAACUUGGGCUCUGCCGUGGCAUCAAGUAUGCACCUCACAAAUUCCAGCUCAGAGACCGAUGGUGGUGCAUCGGGCUACAAAAUGGACCCCGAUAUCCUCUACUAUUCCAAUACAUCGUCUGAAAUCAAUUCCACAACGGAUGGUUUCCUCAAUUCCAUUCUCAACGAUGAGGAUUUGCAGUUGAUGGACAUUGGAAUCAAUGAAGGACGCCAAUACUAUCAAGGUAUGUACACAAUGCGAAUGCUGGACCACAAUUCAACAUCUAACAACUCAACGGCUACAAAUGGAGGACUCGGGAGUAGCAUUAGUGGUGCUUCUGGGGGUCUCGGCAACAGCGGUGGAUUACUUGGGAUGCAAACAAAUCUCAAUGGGAUCGGAGGUCUCGCGGGUGCCCACGGAGAUCGCCUAGAUACAUCAAGUGACAGUGCAGUGAGCUCCAUGGGCUCAGAGCGGGUACCAUCGCUCUCGGACGGGGAAUGGGGUGAUGCAGGAAGUGAUUCAGCACAAGAGUAUCAAAGCAAAUACGGUGGUCCGUAUGACUAUAGCUACAGUGGUCGUUUGGGUGAGUCCGGAGGAAGAGCGCCACCGGUGGCGCAGAAGAAGCAUCACAUGUUCGCCAAGCGCUAUUUUCAGGAGCAAAAUACGAGCGCUGUACCCCCAUCCCUGGGACCCCAGACGACGGACACGAUGCCCCCAACGACGGGGAUUAAGUAUGAGUACGAUCAGUACAGUAUGGGCCCACAGGGGGCUUCAGGUGGGGCAAGUGGACCCCAUGGGAUUGAAGCAGGCGCCAUGGGCACUGCUGCAGCACCCCUGAUGAAUUCCAAGAGUCACCAUUUGGCUCCCCCGCUGGAGAUCAAGUACUCGUGCUCGCAUGAUUUUGCCGCUCGCCAUGGUAGGGGUGGUGUACACGAUAUUGUGAGUCACAAUCACACGUACACCCUACCGCAGAGUAGUGGGGUAAUCCCAAAGCCACAGACGCGAGAUAAGAAGGCGCACAAGAAGAGCGAAGAGGAGCAUCUGACGCGCGAUGAGAAACGCGCAAAGGCACUUGGAAUCCAACAGAUUCCCAUGCCUGUGUGUGACAUCAUUAACCUCCCAAUGGAUGAGUUCAAUGAGCGCCUGUCGAAGCACGAACUCAGCGAGACGCAACUCUCACUCAUACGUGACAUACGGCGUCGUGGGAAGAAUAAGGUGGCCGCACAGAAUUGCCGGAAACGCAAGUUGGACCAAAUUCUCUCGCUGGCGGACGAAGUGAAGGAAGUGCGGAAUCACAAGAGUCGCCUCAUACAUGAUCGGGAUAGUGCUCUGAUGGAGCAGAAGAGGGUUAUGGAUAAGUUUACGGCACUCUAUCGGCAUGUCUUUCAAUAUAUGAGAGAUCAGGACGGGAAUCCAUACUCAUCGUCGCAGUAUAGCUUGCAAUUGUCAGCCGAUGGAUCUGUGUACCUCUUACCGCGUGAGCCAAAGACCGAAGGAGGUUCCGGAUCCGGCAGUGGACCAUCGAAUAGCCAUCAUUCGCAUCAGCAGAAGGAAUAAAAAAAGAAAAUUCGCCAGUGUGUGCGGCUUCCGUGCUUUGCUUGGGGCACUGUGCAGGGGGAGAACGCCAGCGACGUGAAGAAGGGAAUUCAGGACUGAAAAUAAGGAUAUUGACACCUUCUUAUCACAAAACAAAAAAAUGAUCUCACGGUGAAGAGUAAAUCUUCUCUGGGAUGGCGCUACAGGAAACAAACUAAAAAAAAAACACAAAACGCAAUCAACGGAUGGUUUUUCGUGUCCACGAAGAAAAAAAUUAAAUAAGCACAGCCGGGAUAUUAAGUGACAAACGCUUAAAAAAUCAUUUUUUUUUAUCAAAAAAAUAAAGAAUUUUCUUUCUUUGAGGGAAAAGGGUGUGGGAUUUUGACUAAAUUACAACAAAAAGACACGAUUUGCUUCUGGCGAGAAUAAAAUGUGAAUAAAGAUUAAUAAUUUUUAAAGAAACAAAAAGAAAAGAUUAAAAAAAACGAAGGAAUUUAGGUGGAUAUAAUUAAAAGAAAAAAAAACUGUACUUGUGACUUUCUAAUUAUAUAGAGAACAUUGUAAUAUUUUAGCUACAAUAAUUCUAUAUAUACUGUAGUGAUUAAAAAAAAAAGAAAUAAAAAAAAACAAAAAAAGUGGAUGAGGACGUAAAUUUAGUGCUUAGAGCUCUAAACAAAAAUCAUAUAUUUCAUUAAUUUAUAAGCUAUAUAUCAAGCCUGGAGGUCAAAAGAAUUUGAUAUAUAUACAUAAAUGUAGAAUUGCUAGGCAGGUUAUAUAUAGCAUUACAAUGUAAGAUCGUUUUAGAUUUAAGGGAUUGUAAAAGGAAAAAAAAAACCCUUUACCUUAAACACAAACACACAAUAACUACGACAGAUGGACAAAGUCAAGUGAGAAAGGCAAAAGAAAAGAAAAAACUAAGCAACUAAACAAAUUCUAUCUGCAAAAUGGUGAUUUUGGGAUAUAAAGAAUAUUUUUUGUUCUUUAACCUCGUAAGCUAUUAAUUACUUUUAUUAAUUAUUAUAAUAUACAAAUCUUUAUUAUUAUUAUUUAAAAAGAAACAAAAGGAAAAAAAACUGAGAAAAUGGUGAUUAGAGAAUUUUCUAUAUUUUAAUUUUUUUAUAUAAGGUGCGGCAUUGUGGCUUUUUUUUUUAGUAUGCGUUAAAGAAAGGUUUUAAUCACUCUAAUCAAGUGUUAAAUGCAAUUUACUGUUGACCAAUUUUUCUCUUUUGUAUUAAAUUUUUUUAUUCAACAAAAAUAGAUCAGUAAUGAGGAUUUUUCUUGCCCAAAACAGUGCGACAAAUUUUUCAUAAAAAAAGAUUUUUUUUUCGAGUAAAUAAAGAGUAUUUAAAUGUAAGAUUAUACUGAUCAAAGCAAUGAAUGCCCUAAAAAAAUUUAAAAGUCACUAAAUUUUCAAUUUUAGUGUUCAAAGGAGUGUUUAGGAGCCUGAAGAAAAAUUUAAGAAAUUUAAAAUUUUUGGACUCUAAAGAUUUAUGAACUUGAAAAGAAUUCUGUCUCAAUUUUUGGAAUUUAGGAGCUCAAAGAAAAUUUUCAGGGUCUGAAAUUGAAACUUUUCAGCGUAAUUUUUCGAAAAGUUUCUUUUUUCUAAAACCUCAAUUAGAGUUUGUCGCACCAUGUUUUUUCAAUUUUAUAUUCAAAAUAAAUAACAGAAAUUACAACAAAAAAAAGAAAGAGAAAAGCAACGAUUUAGUGAGUUUUGUGCAUCUCCUAACCCACUCUGUAAAUAUUAAGCAUUCUUCCUUUUUAGGUGUGACUAAAAUUGGGCGAUUAAAUCCUUUGUGGGUGAAUUUUGUGUGCAUGUUUGUGAAGAUUCUACGGGUGGCAUUAGAAAUGUUUUAAUCAGAGAAAAACUUUUUUUUCUUUAAUAAUUCUCCAAUUUUUAAAUUCUUCUCAUGAAAAUUCAUUGAAUUUUAUUAUUUAAUUAAUAAAUUUACAAUUUAAUGAAUCUUUGAAACAAAAAAAAGUUCUUUUUUGGUAGUCAUUAAAAACUUCUUAUCGGAGUUUAGCUUUUGUCAAAGUUAUCUAGAAUAAAUUCAAAAUAUCAGUGAAAGGAUCAGUAAAAAAACGUCAUUUUAUACUAAUUUUACUUUGAAAAUCGUCCUGAUUAAAACAAUUUUCCUGACUAGGAGAAACAACAAAAAAUGAAUUAUUCUCUUCGAAGGGCCACGUGCUGUGUGUCCUUCUAUUUUCCCGAAAGUCCCACAGCGCCGUAGAAUUGUGUUUGCUGAUGAAUGAAUGUAUUUAGAAGGUUGGAUGCGGAUGUAGAAGAAAAGUAAUAAACCAUAAAAAGGGGGAAAUGUAAAAAGAAAGUAAAAAAAAACGGGAUGAAAGAUUAUGAAAAAAUUUAAUUAAAAACCAAAAUAUUCUAUAAAUAACUGUGUUGAGAUUUUAAGAUGCAAAAAAACAUUUAAAUUAAAUUAAUGUAAAACAUUCAGA